ACAAUAUUUGAGCGAGUUGGUGGAAGAUAAGCAGCAUAACGUUGCUAUCACUGCUCAUAUUGAGCAGGGGGGGCUGUGCUGCUAAACUCAGUGCAAAAGUGAAGGAGACACCUAAAUUCCUUAAUGUUGGGGUGAAGCAGUUUAAUCAAGUUUCCAACUUCUGCCAAAACCAGAACGGCAUGAUGGCUCUCAGCUCGUUGACAGAGGCGGAGGUGCUGAGGAGAAGGGUGGUGGAAAUGGAAGGAAAGGAUGAAGAGCUGAUACGAAUGGCAGAUCAAUGCCGAGACCUGGACCGUAGACUGGCAAAGGAGACAAGUCACAACCGCAGCCUAAAGUUUGAAGUGGACAAGCUCAAUGGCAGAAUCUGUGAACUGGACCGCUUAGAGGAGGCUUUUGGCAAAAGCAAACAGGACUGUACUAUUCUCAAGAGCAAGCUGGAGCGGGAGAGGGAGUUCAGCAGUAUGAUGUCAGGUGAGCUUGAUACUUCAAGACUCAGGGUGAGAGAGCUAGAGACUGUUGCGAUCCAACUGGAGAAAAGUGAAAUGGCUGUUCGACAGGAUCUGGGAAAGCUCCGGUCGCUGACUGUAGCCUUGGUGGAGGACAGAAAGAAUAUGGCUGAGAGACUCCAGGAGGCAGAGGAAAAGAUUAAUAGGAAGGAGAGCAAACGAAACGAGCAAAGUAAUUUGGCAACAAUGACAGAGCGGCUGAGAGAGGAGAAGCAGCUGGCACUGAGGUCUAAGGCAGAUUUAGAAGAGAAGAUUAAGGUUAUAAUGAAGGAAAAAGGCGAGCUUCAAGAUAGACUAAAAACAGAGGAGGAAAAGAAUAGAGAGCUACAGAGUAAAAUAACUAUCAUGAAGAAAAAGUUAAACAUCUUUGAUAACAGGAAAGAAAAAGAGGAGACGUAUACAAACAGCUCCAUUCCAAACAACACAACUUAUCAUUGUCAAACUGAUGACAACAAAGUUAAAGAGCUGACCAAGGAGCUAGAUGAACUGCAAAAGAGACUCCAGGACAAAGAGGUGUUGGAAGCAGAGCUAAUGGAAGUGAAGGAGGAUUUUGAGUCUCUGGAAAAGAGGCUGAAAGAUGAACAAAGGAGAUCCCAAGUUCUAACGGAGGAGCUAGAGGAGGCAAAGAAGGAGCUUUCCAGGUACAAACAGGGAGAGAAACAGGAGGUCAACCAGGAGCACCGUCUUCUAUGCCAUCUUCAAAAAGAGCAAGUUAAAUCUAGACUUUUAACCAAAGAAGUGGACAGCCUGAAGGAGAAACUCCAGAAGCUGAUCGGGACAGAGGAGUCAAUCUCCAAGGUGCAAAUGGAUCAGUCAACACUGCAGAGAAAACUGACCCAGCAGGAAGCCAAAAACAAAGAAUUGGCCAAGGUGAUGGAGAAACUGACAAGUGAGCUAGACAUGUACAGGCAAAUCCAGAACAAUAAAAACUUUUCACACCACCAUCAGACCACUAAAGAAGUACAAACUGAACCUGCAGAGAGCACGCUGUCCAACUCCAAGUGCAGUGAAAAGUUAAAUAGAGAAAAUACAAACAAGGACCCAAACCCCAAGACAGAAGUCCCAAAUGAAGGAAACCCUCCUGUCAACAGCCUAAACACUGAAAUUAGUGACAUGUGCCAGCAUGAGAACCACUCCGAAGCAGAUAUGCACCAAAACGUUAAUGGAGAAGUGAUGAUGGUAACACACACACCUGGGCACCCCUUGCAGAUUAAAGUAACGCCACAUCAUAUGCUCAACACCGCAACGCUUGAGAUUACCAGCCCUUCUAGAGAUCAAGCAACGUCUUACACCAGCACAGUUGCCAUACCAACAAGCGGGGCUUCACCUAAGCAGAGAAUAACCAUCCUCCAGAACUCAGGUUCACCUGCAGUCAAUCCCAAAACCCACUCUUCAAAUCCUGAACGUGCCAUCUCCCCACUGAACGAAAUGCCAAUGUCUCGGGCGUUAAGUCCAAAACCAUCGCGCUCUAACACGCUUGAAAACAACUCACCAAUUCAGAUUGUCACAGUCAAAACCUGUUCUCCUGAGCCAGCAGAGGUAACAAACCAGGCUCUGUUCUGCAAGACUCCUGAUCCAACCAACAGCUGGCAACAUCAGAAGUCCAACAGCGAUGACACAAGUUCAAGCAUCAUCACAGCAGAAGAUAGUAAGAUCCAUAUUCACCUGGGAAGUCCAUAUACCCAUCCUCUGAAUGGUAUGACCCACAGCAUCCCACAGACCGCUGGGCCAUACUACCUCCGACAUGAACAAAGGACUCACGUAAUUGCCAAUGGCUGUCAUGUUAAAGGCGUUGGAAAGAUUACAAGUAGUAUCACCAUAUCGCCUGCCAGUGCUUCUGCAUCGCACUCAAACAUUACUGUUAGUGGCCUUUGUGAUUAAUCCCCCCAAAAACCAAAAAGACCAUUUAGAAAGUCACGGCUAAAGC